AUGGACAUAACAAAACUGGAUCCAGAGUCACUUACUCUUCUGGGAGCAGGCGGUGGGGUGAUACUGACGUUGCAUUUCACCAUAGUGCUGUUAACACAGCAUCUCUUCUACUGGAAAAAUCCCAAAGAACAAAAGGCCAUCAUCAUCAUCGUACUCAUGGCCCCCAUCUAUGCCGUCGUCUCCUUCGUCGGGUUGCUGGACAUCGAUGGCAGCAAGCCCUUCUUCACAUUCUUGGAGUCAGUCAAGGAAUGCUAUGAGGCACUGGUGAGUUUCUAGUAUGAUACCACGGUCACAUGAUAGAUUAUCACUGAUGAUGUUUGCACCACUGAUGCGUGAGUCUCUGAUGGCAGGUCAUAGCUAAAUUCAUGGCUCUGAUGUAUAGUUACCUGAACAUCUCUCUGAGCAAGGAUAUGGUGCCGGAUGAAAUCAAGGGCAGGGAAAUCCAUAACUCCUUCCCCAUGAGUCUUUUUCUGGUGCGUGUUUAGUUCAUCAUUGAAAUUCUUGCUUCAUGGGAUAGUCUUGCCCAUGUGUUAACUUUCACUAGUUGCUCAGAGUUCCUCCUUUGAACUCUGCAUUCUCGUUUGCAACAAGCAAAAGCUUGUGUUUUCUGGAUCUUCAUCAGGGUUCCCUACUGACCCUUUAAGGAUUGAAGCUAUGUUGUUUGAAACAAUGAGAGUUCAGCAAGUCCAUUAAUUUUCUGGAUCGUCCUGCUCUCAUCACACUCUACACUAAGAGGAAAAGUGGAGUUACUGAGGACCUGGGGUCCUUCAAAAGCCUUCAUUGAGCUUAACCAGAGGAUGGUGGGGGCUUGAAUUAUAUUGCUUUGCAUGAAUUUCCUCUAGCAAUUCAGCAUUUGUUCCUUCCCUUUUAUGGGCUAUCUGGCAUUGGAGGUGUAUGAUGAUUGUGAAACAUCGUAUUCUCGUUUUGUUGUUGCGUGGACACGAACUCAGCUUCAUGAUUUUGAUGUUAAGUUUCUGGGUCCAAGUUCACAGGAGCCUCCAUGGUUUUGCACUGCCUCUUCAAGCUCUCUAAUCAGGCGGGAUGCACUAGAUUUUGCUUCCUUUAUUUCAACUCGGCCUAGUUCUCUGGCUCAAACGUUGACUUUCUGUGAUUCAUCAGCAGGCAGGAUGAAGUAGCAAUGCAUGGAUAGCUUUUACUAGAUACAUGCUGGCGACUUUUGACUAGGAACUUUUUUCUUCUGUGGUUGUAGCCACGAACAAUCCGAUUGGAGAACCAUACAUUGAAGGCCCUGAAGUAUUGGACAUGGCAGUUUGUUGCAGUCCGACCCAUCUGCUCUGUACUUAUGAUCAUCUGCCAAGUUUUCGGGUUCUACCCCAGCUGGCUCAGUUGGACCUUCACCAUCAUCUUGAACUUCUCCGUCUCUCUGGCUCUGUAUGCCCUCGUCAUCUUCUAUCAUGUAUUCGCCAAGGAGCUCGCCCCUCACCGGCCCUUGGCCAAGUUCAUGUGCAUCAAAGGGAUAGUGUUCUUCUGCUUCUGGCAGGUAGGCUCUGGUUCCUGAGAUUAAAUAAUCUAUGAAACUUCUGGGUAUUGGAAUUUUUUUCUUUCUUUUAGCAUGCUGUUAUUUCAGAUAUAUUCCAAUCAGCAUUGGAAGUCCAAGGUGGCUUUCUUGUACCACUUUUGUUUUUUAAAAAUAAAAGUAAAAAUAAGAAUAAAUCACUUUUCACUCUUGCUGCUUUGAAAUGAUUUCAAGUUCUUGUUGGUCAACGAUCUGACAGAAAUAAAUAAAUAAAUAAAUUUGGAAGCAAUGGUGAUAGUUUAAGUUUCUAAAUUUGGCAUGCAGCUGAGCUAGUUGGGUCUGUGAACCACAAUUGGAGUGUCUCGUGUGCAUCUUUGAUGAAUGGCAUAUUUAUUAUCUGGGGAAUUUUCUUGGUUAUCAGGGAAUUGCUCUUGAUGUCUUUGCUGCGGCGGGGGUCAUCAAAUCCCACCAUUUCUGGCUGGAUGUGGAGCACAUUCAGGAGGCCAUUCAGAACACGCUCGUCAUCUUCGAGAUGGUCAUCUUCUCUGUUCUUCAGCAGUAUGCGUACCACGUCGCCCCCUACACCGGAGACAUGAAGACCAGAUUCGAGAACAAGAAGACCCAGUGA